UCUGCGCUUUACACAGUAUGGCCGGCGAUAUUAGCUAGCACUCGCUAACGGUAUUCUCUGCAAAAGGGAAGACGGUAACUAAAGAAAAACAACACCUGGAUUGCUUAAAGAACUGUACCCCAAUAAAUUAUAACUGAUCGAGGAGGAGUUAAUUAAGCUGCAAACGUUACAACGACGGUUAAUAUUUUUGUUGGGUGUCUGUUGUCUCAUGAUGGAAGAUAACAGUGCACAUUUUUUCGAAGGGACGGAGAAGCUAUUAGAGGUGUGGUUCUCUCGGCAGGAUGAGGCCAAAGGAACCGGGGAUCUCCGUGCCAUCCCAAGAUUUGAGUGGGACAAACUUCUGGAGAAUGUGCAUUGUUUGAUCAUAAGUGUGACAAAGACUGACAAACGGGAAGCUUAUAUACUCAGUGAGAGUAGCAUGUUUGUCUCCAAGAGACGUUUCAUUUUGAAGACAUGCGGAACCACCCUCUUACUGCAAGCACUGGUGCCUCUGCUGGAACUUGUCAGGGAGUACUGCGGUUUUGAUGCCAUCGAGAAUUUCUUCUACUCCCGCAAGAACUUUAUGAAACCAACCCAUCAGGAGUUCCCUCAUCGAAACUUUCAGGAGGAAAUGGACUUUCUCAGCCAGAUUUUCCCGAAUGGUGCAGCCUACUGUAUGGGGCGUUUGAACUCUGACUGCUGGUACCUGUUUACCCUGGACUUGCCAGAGUACUGGGAGAACAAACGUGCAGAUCAGACCCUAGAAGUUCUGAUGAGUGACCUCGAUCCAGCCAUUAUGGACCAGUUCUAUAUGAAAGAUGGUGUUUCUGCAAGUGAUGUCACUCGUGUGAGUGGAAUUCGUGACCUGAUACCAGGUUCUGUGAUCGAUGCCACAAUGUUCAACCCAUGUGGAUACUCAAUGAAUGGAAUGAAAACUGAUGAAACAUACUGGACCAUCCACAUCACCCCGGAGCCAGAGUUCUCUUAUGUCAGCUUUGAAACCAAUCUGUCCCAGACGUCAUAUGAUGACCUGGUCAGGAAUGUGGUGGAGGUGUUCAAGCCAGGAAAAUUUGUGACUACGCUUUUUGUCAAUCAGAGCUCCAAAUGUCGCAGUGUCUUUUCUUCUGCCCAGAAACUUGAUGGCUACAAGUGUCUUGACCGCCAGUUGGCUCAAUUCAACGAUUACAAUUUUGUCUUCACAAGCUACACCAAGAACCGCCAGCAGAAUCAGCAGAGUUGAGGAUGAAGAGGAAACGUAAAAAGAAAGGUGGCAGCUGCCCGGGGUUGCCCCCCUACAACCUCCCUCACUCCCCAGUAGAGAGCUCGUUGUCCUCCCUCCUCC